AUCAUGCUCGAGGUCUCGGCGACAUCCUCGGCUCGGCAGGGUAGCCUGCGUGAGCGUGCGGGCGAAAUGCUGACCGCCUGCUUGUUUCGGAGGAGGGGACCUCAGCAUCGGUGAAAGCCGGAGGAGUGGAGGGCGGUGGUGACAGUGCCCGGAGGCUGCAAAGAAUCAUUUAUUGUACAUUGAAAAGAAAACACAAUAGGGAAAGAAGAAUAGAAUGGAAAUGGAAGGGUUCCCUCCACCACCACCUCCUGAAGUUUUAGGAAAUGACGUAUCAAUCACUGCUGCUAAUGAAGAAGAGGAUGAAGAAGGAGAACAGUUUGACUUUGAUAGUGGAGAUGAGAUUCCAGAAGCAGACAGACAAACUAUUUUGCCAAUUCAAGAAGAGGCAAAUUGUAUAGGGAAUGAAAAUCUAGAAAACCUAGAGGAAGCUGAGAAAAUGCAAAACUCCAAAGCCAAUGCAGAGGGCAUCCUACCACGGGUAAACCCAUACUCUGUCAUAACCAUUUCACCAAUGCAGGAAAAGGAGCUGUUGCUGUCACCAGAGCCAAGCACACAAGAUGGCACUAUAAGUCCCACCCUCUCAAGUGGCUAUUCGGUUCCGGUGCCUUGUGGCUAUGCCGUGCCAUCCAAUUUGCCAUUGAUAUUGCCGGCGUAUUCCAGUCCUGUUAUAAUCCGCAACCCUUCUGUGGAUGAAGAAGCAAAUAUUCAUAUAGUAGCUGAGGAUGGUCAUUCUCAGAGUUCAGAAGAGCCUCCAAAUUGUGAAGACAAUCAGGGGAGCACAGAUGAGAAUGCCUUGGCCAAAUGGGUGGCUGACCCUGCAAAUACAGAGUGGAUGGAGAAUCCUGAUGAAGUAAUAUACGAUGAUGUACCAAGAGAAAAUUCAGACUCUGAACCAGAUGUAGGGGAGAUGAUUUAUGAUGAUGUUGAGAAUGGAGAUGAAGGUGGAAAUAGCUCCCUAGAAUAUGGAUGGAGUUCCAGUGAGUUUGAAAGCUAUGAAGAACAGAGCGACUCAGAGAGUAAAAAUGGAAUACCCAGUUCUUUUCUGCGUGGCAACCACAGAAGACAAUUCUCUCAUGACCUAACCCGUUUCAAGGAGCACUAUGAGAAAAAGAUGAAAGAUCUGAUGACCAACACAGUGGGAGGAGUAGAGAUUCAGCAAUUAAAGCAAAAACAUGAGCUGAAGAUGCAGAAGCUCAUGAAAGCAGCAAGGGAGGGCACCAAAGACGGGCUUGAAAAAACUAAAGCGGCUGUGAAGAAAGGUCGGUCAUUCAUCAGAACCAAGUCCUUUAUCAGUCAAGAACACAGAGCUACCUGUCUAGAGGAAGAGGAGCUAUUUAUUGAUGUAGAUUGCAUGCACACAGAAGCAAUCAUGACUCCAAUGCCAGAUGGAUUAUCCCAACAACAGGUUGUACGAAGGUACAUUUUAGGCGCUGUGGUUGACAGUGAGAAAAACUAUGUAGAUGCCCUGAAAAGAAUAUUAGAGCAAUAUGAAAAACCUCUUUCAGAGAUGGAGCCCAAAUUACUGAGUGAGAGGAAACUGAAGAUGGUCUUCUAUCGAAUUAAAGAAAUUAUUCAGUGCCAUUCAAUGUUUCAGAUGGCCCUGGCAAGCCGUGUCUCAGAGUGGGAUUCUGUCGAAAUGAUAGGGGAUGUCUUUGUUGCCUCAUUCUCUAAAUCCAUGGUACUAGAUGCCUACAGUGAGUAUGUAAUCAAUUUUAGCACAGCUGUGGGGAUUCUCAAAAAAACAUGUGCUACAAAACCUGCCUUCCUUGAGUUUUUAAAGCAAUGUCAAGAAUCUAGUCCUGAUAGAAUCACUCUUUAUGGCUUAAUGAUGAAGCCCAUACAACGUUUUCCUCAGUUCAUCCUUCUGUUACAGGAUAUGUUGAAGAACACGACUAAAGGCCACCCAGACAGACUGCCUCUGCAGAUGGCUCUCACAGAACUUGAAACACUGGCAGAGAAAUUAAAUGAAAGGAAAAGGGAUGCAGAUCAGCGCUGUGAAAUAAAACAAAUAGCCAAAGCCAUGAAUGAGCGUUAUCUGAACAAGUUACUCAGCAGUGGCAACCGGUACCUGAUCCGAAGUGAUGAUAUGCUAGAAACUGUUUAUACAGACAAAGGAGAGAUCAUGAAAACCAAAGAACGGCGUCUGUUUAUGUUAAAUGAUGUUCUCAUGUGUGCUACUGUGCAUAUUCGCUCUUCCCAUGAAAGUAGUGGUGUUGUGAGUGGCCAAAGGUACUUAUUAAAAUGGAGCGUGCCACUUGGGCAUGUCGACGUCAUAGAGUAUGGCAGUAAUGAUGGCCAAGGUGAGAACUGCAGAUUCCCUUUGCAGCCAACUUCUGAGAUGAUGGUUACCAACGCCAAGCCAAAUAAGCUUUAUAUGGGACCAGGGCAACUGUACAAUGAUUUGCAGAAUCUCUUACAUGACUUGAAUGUAGUUGGCCAAAUCAGUCAACUAAUAAGCAGCCUGAAGGGAAACUACCAGAAUUUAAAUCAGUCAGUGGCUCAUGAUUGGACUUCAGGUUUACAAAAACUCAUUUUGAAAAAAGAAGAUGAAAUUAGAGCCGCAGACCGCUGUCGAAUUCAACUUCAGCUUCCAGGAAAACAGGACAAAUCAGGACGGCCUACUUUUUUUACGGCUGUGUUCAAUACAUUUACACCUGCCAUCAAACAGUCAUGGAUCAGAAGUUUGCAAAUGGCUAAGCUUGCUUUAGCUGAUGAAAAUCUGCUGGGUUGGUUCUGUAUAGAUGAUGACGGAAAUCAGAUUAAAAAAGAGAAACACCCACUCCUUAUGAAACACAUGCCUGUUAUGAUGGCCAAACAACAGGAAUUUAAGGUUGAAUGUGCUGCUUAUAAUCCUGAACCUUGUUCAUGUGAAGAAAGUGAUCCCGAUUCUCUUUCUACGGAGUAUGGUUUUCUAUGGAUUGGCAGCUGUACUAAUCAAAUGGGCCAAAUUGCCAUUGUAUCAUUUCAAAACUCCAGUCCAAAGCUUAUUGAAUGCUUCAAUGUGGAGUCAAGAAUUCUCUGUAUGGUCUACAUUCCAGAAGAUGAGAAAUCCAAAGAAUCAGAUAAUAUGUUUCCUGAAUCUGGAGACAUGGCUACAAAACCCCUUAGUGUGCCUACUAUUUGUCUAGGCAUGGAAGAAGGAAGCAUCUCUGUUUACAAAAGUAGUCAAGGGUCCAAGAAAAUCCGUCUUCAACACUUCUUUGCUCCCGAGAAGUCUACUGUGAUGAGCUUAGCAUACAAGACUCAUAAUUUAUUUGCUGGCCUAGUCAAUGGAAAUAUUGCAAUCUACACCAAAUUGGAAGAUGGGACAUGGAACUCAGAACCUCAGAAAAUAGUGAAAUUGGGAGUUCUUCCUGUCAGAGGUCUUCUUGUGAUGGAAGAAUCCAUCUGGGCUGCUUCUGGUGGACAAAUAUUUAUAAUUAACACGGAAAGUCAUGCUGUAGAGUGCCAUUUUGAAGCUCAUCAAGAGGAAGGGAUGGUGAUCUCUCACAUGGCUGUUGCAGGAGUGGGGAUCUGGAUUGCCUUCACAUCGGGAUCUACUCUCCGUCUUUUCCACACUGAAACCCUUAAACACCUCCAGGAUGUUAAUGUGGCCACUCUUGCUCACAAUAUGUUAUCAGGACAGCAGCGUGUUUCGGUGACUAGCCUCUUAGUAUGCCAUGGCCUGUUACUGGUUGGAACGAAUGUUGGGAUUAUAGUAGCCCUCCCAGUUCCUCGUUUGCAAGGAAUCCCCAAAGUAACGGGAAGAGGCAUGGUAUCUUAUCAUGCCCAUAAUGGCCCUAUCAAGUUCCUGGUAACGGCUUCUGUGACAAGCAAGCAGAACAAAAGCAAGUCAAAAUCCAGGCUGAAUUGUCCUCAUUUAGGUCUGAAAGAGGAUGACCAAAAGGGGGUCGGACCUGAGAGGCCCAAUUCUUCUCUGAACAACCCCAAUGACAGUGCCAUUUGGUUGGGGGGCUCAGUCGGAUCCAUUGCUCAGAAAAGUGACUCAUCUUCAUCAUCUGGGUCACUGACAUUGUCUCACGGAUCCAACACAACCGAACCUCGGCCAGAAGAGAGUGCUGUCUAUGAGCUUUUGAAAGAAGUCUCCCCUGACCAAAGUAAAAGACAUAGAUCCAGAGAGGGGAAAGCAAUAUCCAUCUUAGUCAUCUCUGGAGGACAAGGACACAGAAGGGUGAAUAAGAAAUGCAAGCAGCAGCGGCCAGACGAACUGGUGUCUUCGAUAAUGGUUUGGCAGAUUCCACUGUUAAAGAUCUGACAACAGGAUACAAUGCGAUUCACUCAAUGGCAAAGUUUGCUUUGGUGUUAACACCAUCAUGAUGAAUUUACGGUUUUUUUUAUCUCAAAGCAAAUUAAAUAUCAAUGUUUGCAAAGGCCUCUUUAUAAGGUUUCUUUGUCCUGAAUCUGUGUGAGUUACCUUGUUAAAACAAGUGUCUUAGAUCUAGUCUAAGAAGCCCAUUUCAGAGCUACAUCUAAACAUAUAUUUCAGUCUUCAAAAGUUCUUUAGUUGAAAAAAAAGUAUGAUUCAUUUCAAGCUAUUUUUCCUCAUUUUGCUAUUAUUUAUAUUCAAAUAUUGUGGCCAAAAAUAUUGAGUGAAGGAAAAGGAUCAAAUAGUAUUUCUCUGAUCAGCCUUGCUUAAAUAAUUAUUUCUUGCAAGGCAACAUCAUGUACAUUUUAUUUCCACAAACAUUUUUAAAGUAAUCAUUAUUCCAAGAUAGUCUACUAGCUUAAUUCCAGAGACUAUAAAUAAACCUGUAAUAUACUUUCUCAAGUAAGUGUCAGACACAAUAAACGUUUUUUUUGGUUACAUACUACAGAUUUAUACUUGGGAGGAAAAGAGCUAGGGCUAACUUUUAAUUAUUAAUACUUAAAAAUGAAUAUUAUAAAAAGAAAUGUUAAACAUUCAGAAUGAAAUAUGUUUGACUUACUAAGUGAUGUAUUUUUUUUAAAUCUUUUGGUUACUCCCAGUAAGUAGAAGGGAAAAUGAAACCACUGUGAAAUUUAGUAGAUUCAGGCAGUUGUUUGUGUUUUGGUGCUCCAUUUAAUUAUAGUACAUUCUGUUGCUGGCGGUGGAAUGUGCCCCAUUUAUAUGGCUGCUGAUAUAUUUCGAUUAUCAUUAGAUAAUAGUGAGGAAAUGAAAUAUAAACAUAAAAUAAAGAGAGCCUAACAUUAAAGUAUAUUGUUUUCAUAAGAUGAUUAUGGUUGGUCAUACAGUCAGCCAGUUGGAUAGUCUGGGUUUGGCAUUCUGAUCCACUUACUGAGUCCUUCCCAAGGACCCAGGAUAGGCUGGUGGGGUUGCUUGAUAGUGUUAACGGUAUCUGUUCCAAGUAAGGUUGCCUUUUGUAAUUGAUGGUAGUAAUUUUGUCAAUGCCAGUGGUGUUCAAGUGGUGCUCCAGAUGUUUUAGGAUUGCACCCAGGACACUUAUUACUGUUAGUUUUAUCUUUGCUUUCUUUUGCUGUUGUUGUUCUAUUUCUAUUUGCAGGUCUUUAUAUGUUGUGGUUUUCUCCAGUUCUUUUGUUCUGCUGUUUCCAGUACUGCAAUGUCCGCUAUCCAGACUUUUUUGUUUUUCUUAUCAACAUUUGAUACGUCUGGGGUAUUGUGUAUCAGGUGUCUAUUUUAAUUCUAAAGUCCAUAACACUUUAGCUUCUUCAUUUUUCUAUUAUCUUGUCUAUGUUGUGGUCCCAUUAGUAUUUCCUUGCAAAUGGCAGUUUUUUCCAGAUCUUCCUAUACACGAUUGGAACAUCUGUUUUGUUAUCAGUCUGUGCAAUCAGCUAACUAGGUGGUCCACUGUUUAUUCAGUUCCUUUGCUGCGACCACUGUCUGUUGCUGUCUUCUCAGUUCUGGCUUUAUAUGCAUUUGUUCUUCAGUCUUGGCCUUGUGCAGGCAGAAUUAGCUCCCCAGUCUCUUUCUUCAAUUUUCCUGCUCUUAGCCAUUGACAGGUCUUGUUAUUAUCUGCUUGACCUGCUAUAUUUUUAAAUGUUCUGGCUAUGUAAUACUUUACCUUGCCGUAUCUCAAUUCUAUGUUUCUUUUGAUUUUUCUUGUAGGCCAGUUGGCUCUUUGGAAUAUUCAAUAAGCCUUUAUGGUGUACUAGCUUCAUUGCAUCUUCUUUAUUGUUCUUCAGAUAUUCUUCCAGUACCAUUUUUUUAUCAACUGUCUGGUGUACUUGCAACGUUCCACAUUCCCCGGUUUUCCUUGGUAAAUAACGUCUGUCGCUUCCUGAAUGGAGUAAAUUAUUGUUAUUUUUCUGAUAAUCCUAUCCAGGGCUUUUAGUUCUGCUUGAAUCUAGUCCAACUGUUCCAGCUCUGUAUCUAAUAAUUUGUGCAAUUGUUAAUUGCCUUGUUGGUAUUUCCAUUACUGGGUCUGGACUUUAAAAUCUUUUUUACUGCCAUGAUAAAUCCACUUCUAACUUUCUUCUUUACUGUUCUUGAUGUCAGUUUGAAGGAUGCCAGGAAUUUGUAAUGAACUUAUUCAUCUAGACUCUUGAUAGUAUUUCCAUUCAUAUUUCACUAUUUUUGCCUUGUUGAUGGUAAAGAUGGCACAUUUGUCUAGCCCAAACUCCACAGUAACAUCUUGGGACAGUGUUGAGCAGCAAUUCUAUUUCAGAUGGUGCUUUUCCUGUUGCCCAUGCAGAAGAGAUGGAAUAGCUUGGCAGAUUUCUUUGAAGUUUGGUAACCAUCGCCUGACUUAUUCAGUAUUGUUGACAGAGGAGUCAGUGUAACAACAAACUAGUGGUGAUAAUAUCCUUGAAAAUUUCCUCUCUUGAUAUUAAUCUCUUCUUCUAUUUCAUCAUUGACCAGCAACUGUGUCUUCUAUUGUGCCAUGAUCUUUGCUCAAAGCUUCGGAUUUUCUACUGAUUCCUGUUAUUUUUAGACAUUUAAUUAUUCAAUAAUGUAACAGAGUCAAUUGCCUUAUUGUAAUAAAUCCAACCUAUGUUCAGCUUGGUCUUCCUUCUUGUAGUUUUCCGGAAUCAUCUUAUCAAUUAGGAAUUGAACGUUGUUCCUUUUCUGAUGGGCGGUUUUCUUUCUGCUCAGAUAGAAGGAGCUUGUUUUCAGUCAGAUGCUAUCGAACUAUAUCAGCUACUACACCAGUUAGCAAGUUGUUGAUAAGAAGGUAAUUGGCUUGUAGCUGCCUGGUACUGUUCCUUUUUCAUGAACUUUCAUUAUUGGGUAAGUUUUACUAAAUGUUAGCCACUCUUCAAUUUUACCUCCUUGCGGUAUGUUGCUAAACUGCUUGGCAAUGAUUGGGUGUAAACCAGUCAAAUGUUUAGACCAAAAACCAUGCAGUUCAUCUUCACUUGGUGCUGACCAAUUCUUGAUCUUCCUUGCCCUUUUCUGCUAUUAUUGCAAGUUCUGUUUGUUCUUAUCCAUCUCUUAGCCAAGAUGCAUUCUUGUAUUUUUUAGGUUGUCCCAUGACCUUGCCCAGAACUGCAUUGUUUCUUCUUUGCCAGAUAUGGCUGGUUCACUGCAGUCUCUCCACUGAUGGAUUGGUGGAAACAUUUCUGAUGUACUGAAAUUGAAGAUUCUGCCUGUAGUGUGAAAUUUGAGCUUCGUAUCUGCUGAUUUUCUUAGCUAUAAUUGUUGUUUGCUGAUAUUUCUUGAUCAGGUGUUCUUUGGUCUUGUCUUUCAUCUGUUCCAGCUUGUUUGCAUCUGAUCUUAAUAUUCUGUUCUUAUUUUCCAACCCAAUCUUCCAUUUUGGUGAUGUACUGUUUGGCUUUUUUUUUCUUUUUGUUGAUUUUGCCGCCCAACAUUUUCAAUUAUAACUGCACCCAUGCUGUAAAUUAAUUGGAUUGUUUGACAAAAGUGGUUGAACCUCUGUCUUAGCUCUCAUCCUCCUCAGAGCAUGCAACACCCACAGCCCUGCAAGAUAGUGACUCAUUAUGACUUCAUUGCUCUCCAGAUACAUCACUGACUGUUACCAAUGCAUAUUAUUAACACAGAUUUUGGUCUGAAGUCAAUAAAUGUACAUUUGUCACAUGAAUACUGGCCAAAAAG